GCCGAGGAGGGAGGACGUGUGUCUUUGGCUCUCUCCGCGUCGCAGCGCCAGGGGCUUCGGAGGCGGAGGAGGGCGGCAGCGGAUGCCCUUCCCGGGCGGCGGUGAAGGAGGGCGGCUGGGCUGAGCGGAGCGGAGCGGGAGGGUUAAAUGGAUCGCCGCUCCAGCUUCCUCUUCCUCUGGCUGCAACUGGAACUCUGCGCCAUGGCCAUCCUCCUGACCAAAGGUGAAAUUAGAUGCUACUGUGAUGCUGCACACUGCGUUGCCACAGGCUACAUGUGCAAAUCUGAGCUCAAUGCUUGCUUCUCAAGACUGCUUGACCCCCAGAACAGCCAUUCUCCACUCACUCAUGGCUGCUUGGACUCUCUUUCAAGCACUUCAGAGAUCUGUCAAGCUAACCUGGCGCAAAACCACUCUGGUACUACAAUACCCACAUUGGAGUGUUGUCAUGAAGACAUGUGCAAUUAUAGAGGGCUAUAUGAUGUCCUGUCUCCUUCCAGAGGAGAGCUUUCAGGACAAGGAAGCAGAUACCAGCAUGAUAACAGCAGGAACCUUAUCACAAAGGUUCAGGAGCUCACCUCCUCAAAAGAACUCUGGUUCAGAGCCGCUGUCAUUGCUGUCCCCAUAGCCGGUGGACUGAUCUUGGUGCUCCUCAUUAUGUUGGCCUUGCGUAUGCUUAGGAGCGAAAACAAGAGACUGCAAGACCAGAGGCAGCAAAUGCUCUCCCGACUGCACUACAGCUUUCAUGGGCAUCAUUCCAAAAAAGGACAGGUGGCCAAGCUGGACUUGGAAUGCAUGGUGCCAGUGACAGGUCACGAGAACUGCUGCAUGACCUGUGACAAGAUGCGACAGCCAGACCUCAGCAAUGACAAAAUACUCUCACUAGUUCACUGGGGAAUGUAUGGUGGCCAUGGAAAGCUGGAGUUUGUGUGAUCACUUCUUUUUUUUGUUUUUAUAUAUAUAUAUAUAAUUGUUGGUAAAAUUACUAGGAAAUCUUUUCAAAGGCCUUUGGGUUCUGCUGGACAGGAGCACUUUAUUAAAAGGAGGGGAGGGGACCUACAGUCAUUAAAUCAUUUUAAAGAAAACAAAGGACUGCUGCAGAUUGAACCUUGGAUAUGUCUUCUGAAGGAUUCCAAAAGUUACUUACCUUAUUUGCACAGAGUAAAUACACUCAAAUGUAUUGUUUGCUUUAAAAUUAUGAAAGCAAAAAUGAGAAGUUAUACACACUGUUACCAGGGUCAUCUGAACUGUAGGGAGAUGGGAAUUGAGUUAUACUAUUAAAAUUGUAUGCAAGUUCUGAUGUAAAGAUUUUUUAAAAAUACAUAUUAUAUAUAUAUAUUUGUCUGA